GUAAAUAAAGCUAUUUUGAAGAUUUAUAUAUUGUUCUGUGAAAUAAUAUGAUUGCUGUCUGACACUCAUUUUAAAAAUAGAAGGAUCGGAAUUUCUCUCUCUCUUUCUCUUUCUCUCUCUCUUUCGCCAGAAUGAUUUAAAAGUAUAUUCUAUUUAUUACAGAUCUGCUCUUGGAUUCCGGAUUCUGCUACAAACGAAGAAGCCAAAGUGUUCAUCUGUUCACUUUCAUAUUAUCUAAAAAUCCGUAAAGAUGAUGCAAAUGGAUGGUGGCGAUAGACUGAGAGUAACGUUAUUAGAUUGUAUGGAGACUGGCCGGACCUCGUUACCUGGCUUGACUCUCGAAGAUAUUCUUAUGGCUGAUAGAAACGGAGCCUCGCCACAGCCUCUGCCGUCGAGGAACCAAUCAAAUCGGACACUUCUUGAUGUAAUGCAUAGAGAGCACCGACACGACUACAACCACCGAGACAAGACCGCUUGGAAGUCUUUCCGUGAAAAGCUUCGCCUCAAACGCAAUGCUACCGUUUGGAUCUCGUCUAAUCCUAUCCCGAGUUUGAAUUCCCCUGUCCUUAACCGGGAUAGCGACAGUCACCAGCUCGGUUCUCUCCUCUCUAACUCCAGAAACGAAGGAGAACAAUCACAACCGGAGUCUGCUUCCAGCGGCGGCGCAACGGCCGAGGGGAGGUUACAGUUAGGAGCGGUGUUGGCCGAGGAGAGAGCGUUAUCAGCGAGGGAAGAGGAAACGCCGCCGGUGGUGACGACAGACAUGCAGCCGGCGAGGAUGUCGUUGAUGGAGUUGUUAGAUGAGAAUGAAGGGCAAAUGAGCUUGGUAGGAGGAGGAGGAGGAGAUGGAGAGGAAGAGGAGAGAGGAGCAGUGGAGGAGACGAAGGCGGCGGAGAUAAGUUGUUGUGUUUGUAUGGUAAGAAGCAAAGGAGCAGCGUUUAUUCCGUGUGGUCAUACGUUCUGCAGGUUGUGUUCGAGAGAGCUUUGGGUUCAAAGAGGAAACUGUCCUCUAUGCAACACCUCCAUUUCAGAAAUUCUUGAUCUCUUCUAGUCAUUUUCUUUUCUCUUUUAAUUAUCAUAUUUUAGGUUGUUUUGUAUCCUGCUGUAUCGUGUUGUUGAAUAUCCCUCUCUCUCUUUCAGAUUCAUGGAAGUGUUUACCCUUUUUCAGUUAUUUGGAGAGAAUAGUUAAGUUAUAU